CCCCAUGAAAACUGAUAUUUCUUAUACGUGCACAAGGAAGGUAAAUAUUUAUAUGUAUAUACAGGUCAACAACCAGUUCCAAUUCAACAGGAGCUGCUGUAGUCUGUUGAAUAGUGUAUUUACUAAUUUUAUGCUAAUUCUUUACGGUACCUUUGCUAGAAUCAUAUUUUGUUACUGGCAAUUGAUCCAAUUCAUUUACAAUUUAUAUGAAUAGCACCUUUCCCAAUUGACAUUGUCCCAAAACAGCUUUACAGCAAUAUAAUAAUUCUAUAUAAUAAUUCUAAAUAAAAAUUGAUCAACUUUAUAUUUUAAAUGUAUAUUUAUAAUAUGCAAACUAGAGUCAUUGGUAUCAAGGCAAAUCUCCCUGAGUUUAAACUUAUCAUGAGAUUAUAUAAAAAAGAAACCUUGAGACACCAGAUAGUGUUGUUAUAAAUAAUUUCCAUUUUCCAUAACAAUACACUAUAUGGUCAGCUGUAAUUGUGUAAAUUGUGCAAUUGCUUUCUAACACCGAUUCAGCGGCUUCAUCCAACCCCCUAUGUUUUCACAUGUGAUCCAGUGACUAACUGUUAAUCUUAUCUUAAUUUUCUUAUCUAAGCACCAUGUCCUUGGUUUGGUAAAAAAUUAUCUAUAGUGCAUGCUUAUAUAAAUGCUUAUAACAGAAUCAACCAUCUGAUGCUUUUCACAACUUUAUGGAUUUGUCAGGACGAUGAGAUUCAUUUCAUCAUGAAUGAUAAGGAUUUAGAAAUUGCUAUUGUUGGCAUAGGAUGCAAUUUCCCUGGAGGUGAGGGGCUUGAUCCUUUCUGGAAAGUCUUGCUUGAGGGAAAGAACUGUGCAGUGCAGAUACCAUUUGAGAGGUUUGACCAGAAUGAGUGGUAUGAUCAAGAUGACAAUAAGGCAGGAAAGUCACGGACAACAAAAGCUGCAUUCACUGAUGGAUUUAAUGAGUUUGAUCAGACAUUCUUUGGCAUUACCGAUGCUGAGAUGGAGCAAAUGGAUCCACAACACAAAAUGCUUCUACAGUGUACUUACAGAGCUUUGGAAAAUGCUGGGAUGCCUAUGGAGAAGGCCAAUGGGAGUAGAACAGGAGUUUUUCUGGGCCUGAUGAACAGAGACUAUGAACUCACCAUGGCGAAUGUCAAUCCUGUCAUCAUUAACCACUGCACUGGUACUGGCAUAGCCAUGAGUAUAGCAGCCAACAGAAUCUCCUAUACCUUCAACUUUACUGGACCUUCUUUAUCUAUUGACUGUGCCUGCUCCUCAUCUCUUGUUGCCCUUCAUUUAGCCUGUCAAGCCAUGAGACAAGGAGACUGUGAAAUGGCUGUAUUUGGUGGUGUGAACUGCAUUUUUCAGCCAAGAGUAUUUGUGGCUCUAAGUAAGGCAAAGAUGAUCUCGCCUGAUGGAGCCAGCAAACCAUUCUCCAACACAGCAAAUGGUUAUGGCAGAGGAGAAGGAUGUGGUGUCAUCCUGCUGAAGCCUCUAGAAAAAGCUCUUCAGGAUCAUGAUCAUAUUUGGGGCAUUGUAUGCAAAACAGCAGUUAAUCAAGAUGGCCGCAGUGUCACUCCAAUCACGAAGCCAUCUAUGGUCCAGCAGGAAGAGUUGCUCAAUAGAAUCUAUUCUACAGGGACCUACCUGUCCGAUAUCCAGUACAUAGAGGCUCAUGGGACUGGGACUCCGGUGGGAGAUUCAGUAGAAGCAGACAGCAUCUCUAAAGUUAUUGCCAAGGCACGACCCUCAGAGGUAGGGCCACUUCUUAUUGGCUCAGUUAAGAGUAACAUUGGACACACAGAAUCUGCAGCGGGAGUGGCAGGACUGAUUAAAGUACUUUUGAUGAUGAAGCAUGAAACCAUUGUACCUUCAGUGUUCUACUCAGAGGAAAGUUCUAGCAUAGAUGUUCAAGCUCUUAACCUAAAGAUUCCCACCAAAGCUGAGAAAUGGGUCACCUGCAGAGAUUCAGUGCGAGUUGCUGGGAUAAAUAACUUUGGAUUUGGAGGCACAAAUGCACAUGCAGUUGUAAAGCAAUAUCUUCAGAAAAAAACACCAAAAGAACCUGUCAAGAAACAAUACAAUUUUUUUGUACUUUCUGCAGCAUCUGAGAAAUCACUGACAAUGAUGAUAGAAGACACAGCUUCAUAUAUCAAUGCAAAGAAUAUAACAGAUGUUCAAAGCCUGGCAUAUACUUCUAGCUGUAGGAGAAGUCACUGGAAACAUAAAUACAGGAAAGCAUUUCACAUAUUAUCUUUGACAGAUUUGAAAGAAAAACUUAUGUAUGCGAAAGACAAAAAGAGUGUCCCAGCAAAGAAACAUACUAGACUAGUGUUUGUGUUUUGUGGAAAUGGUGUUACUUACAGAGGUAUGUGCAAACAGCUUCUAAAAGCGGAAUCUACUUUUAGGGCAAAAGUGAGAGAGAUUGACAAUCUUUUCCAAAGAUACAUAAAUAUUGGGCUGAUGGAAAUACUGGAGAGUGAAUCUAAACAUGAGGUCAGUUUCUCUAAACCAGAAAUUAUUCAGCCUCUCCUCUUUGCCGUACAGGUCGCCACUGCUAAUCUUCUAAAGCACUGGGGUAUUAGACCAGAUGCUGUUCUUGGACAUUCUGUUGGAGAGGUUGCUGCAGCUCAUUGUUCUGGUCUGUUGUCACUUGAGGAUGCAGUAAAGGUGAUCUACUAUCGCAGUAGAUUGCAGAGUAGAGUAACUGGAGGGAAAAUGCUUGUUGUAAGCAACAUGCCUGUACCAAAUGUGCUGAAAAUCCUCCCUUCUUAUUCUGGGAAGAUUUGCUUGGCAGCACAAAACAGCCCUCAGUCAUGCACACUUUCAGGAGAAGAAGACGCUAUUGAUCAUUUGCAUAAGUGCUUAAGCAAUUCAGAUGAUGGCAAAAAUUUGUUCCUGCAUAAUUUGGAUGUGCCUGCUGCUUAUCAUAGUCACAUGAUGGAUCCCAUUGUGGAAGAAAUAGAGAAUAGUAUAGGCCAAUUACAUACACAGAAUAUGGAGACAGAAUUAUUCUCAACAGUGACAGGAGAAAAGGUGUGCCCAACAGAUUUUGUUAACGGUAAAUACUGGGCAAGAAAUAUCCGAGAGCCGGUUGCUUUUGAACAAGCUCUAAGAUCGGUUAAACAGACCAAGAAUGCAAUAUUUGUUGAGAUUAGCCCAAGAAGGGCUUUGCAAAGAAACAUCAUUGAGACUCUAGGAAGUGACACAGUGGUGCUCUCCUCAGUGCAGCCAGAAAAAGAUGUUGAGACAAUGCUGACUGUUGUAUCCAAACUGUUUGAAGCAGGAAUCAAUAUAGAUUGGGACCAGUUCUAUAAAGGCUGUGAGAUGGAACCAAUUCCUUUUCCAAGGUAUCAGUUUGACAGUGUGAGGAAAGAUGUACUUACUGAAGCAAUCCUUUCGGGUGACAGCAGUAUCCAUCCUGUAAUUACACAGUUAAGUAAAAAUGGCUUAGAUUUCAGCUGUGACCUCUCCUCUGGAGCAGUGUCCUAUCUGUAUGAUCAUAAACACCAAGGGGUUGCCAUUGUCCCUGGGGCAUUUUAUGUUGAAUUAGGCUUAGCAGCAGUCAUGACAAGUGUAAAACCAAAAAUACCCCUCCACUUUCUGCAGCUCAGUAUAAAGUUUCACACUCCAUGUGUUUUGUCACAGAAUGCACCUGAUGUGAAAAUACGAUUGGAUCCAACUAAAAGUACAGCAGGGAAUAGCUUUCAGUUUAAGGUGCACUCUUUAUCAGCAAACUAUGCAUCAGGAAAGAUUGAGUCAACAGAGGCAAGAUUGCCUGAAGAGUCGUACAUUUCUCUAAGCUGUAUUGCUAAAAGAUGCCAGUCUGUUGUGAGUUCUGAGGAGUUCUAUAAGAACUUAUCUUUGGGUGGAUUUCAGUAUGGUCCAGUUUUCAAAAACAAGGGAAAUGUUUAUUAUGGAGAGGAACUUGGAGAAACCUACUCUAUUAUUACUGUUCCUGAUGAAAUAUUGCCCCAAAUGCAUGAAUACUACAUUCAUCCUAUAGUCUUAGACUAUCUUAUGCAACUUAUACCUGUCACAGGAACAUAUCAUUUCAUGGAAAGGCCUGGAUUCCCAUCAGAAAUAGGCAGUCUAACUGUGUAUGAACCAUUGCAGAAGGAGAUGGUUGUGUACUUGAGAGCAACACAUAUGGCUAAGGAGGAACUUAUCAUUUGUGGUUGUUUGGCUGACAAAGAUGGCAAGGUUUUGGUUGAACUCAAGAAUGUAAUCAUUACCUACCUAGGGAAUCGCACUCGUGUAGUAGAGGAAUAUUUUUAUCACAACAGUUACAGCAUAGUGUCAGAGAAUGACAACUUCUCAUCACCGAAAUCACUAGUUUUUGCUGAUCAGUUAGGAAUUUCUACAGGUUUACAGCAAUACUUAGACCCAGCAUCAAAAUACAUUUCAUCUACACAUACUAAAGUACUGCUAGAACAUGGAUUUGAAGUUUUUCUGUCUGACCUGAACAUCCAAAAUGUAAAUACAAACUUCCAGGAAGUGUUGUUCAUGUGGAGUGACACAGAUUUAAAGUCAGACAAAACAGAGAAUGUGUUAGAAUGCAUGGCAAGUUGUUGUGAGAUUUUCCGGAAAAUUGUUGCAGGCCUUAAGUCAAUGCAUUUCCAAAACUCCAUCAGGGUAGUAACCUAUCGGACAACAGGAAAAACAAUAGAUCACAUCAAUCCUGGUUUUGUACUCUCUGGAAUGACAAGAGCAUGUGCAGCUGAAUUGUCAGACCUUUCCUUUCAGUUGAUAGACAUUGAAUCUACUAAAGACAUUAAACCAUUGGCUGAGAUUAUCAGAUCAUACCCUUGCAGCAAAUACCCUGAGCUAGUUGUAAAAAAUGGGCAGAUUCUUAAGCCUCAGAUUAUUCACACGUCAAUCUUAGAUGGCUCACAUCAAAGUGUCCAUAAAACAAAGUAUGAAAGCUUUAUCUUGCAAACCUCUGACCCCUACAGAGUGACAAGCCUGUCAGCAGUUGUUUCUGAUGAAUCUACCGACCCCAUUCAAGGGAAAAAUGUAGAAGUCCAGCUCUGUAAAAUUUGCAUGCACUCCUCAGACUAUUUUCCAGUUAGUGUUUCUGAUCUUAAAUUUGGUCAGACACUGUACUGGAACAAACACACCACUCAAAACUACAAACUUUUAGCGCUUGACUUCACUGGAAUUGUCACAGCUGUGGGAAGAGAGGUAAAAGAACUGAAAGUGGGAGACCGUAUUGUUUCCUGUUACCCUGUUGUUGCCUCUAGCAAAGUUGUUAUUCCAGCAGAUGCAUGCUACAAAACAAAGAGCCUUCCAUUUUUGAAGGACACACCUUGUGUAUCUUACAUGAUACUUGCUUGGGAGAUCUUACACUGUGCCCUACCUAAAGCCAGACACCAGAGGUUGGGCAUUUUCUCAGCUAUCCCAGACUCAGCUUUGGUGAAAGUCUUAACUGUCACAGCAGUCAAAUCAGGAUGGAGAGUCUCUGUGGCUAAAAACACAGAUCAGCUGUCUCAUGACUUGAGUGAGAUUGCAGCAUUUGUGCUUCUGCCUCCAUAUGAUGAAACUGUCAUUACAAAUGUAAGUCAAAUAACAAGUGUUAGAGACAUUAUUCUUGUAGCGGACAACCAGCCAGACACCUGUGUCAGUCAGCUUGCUUUUAGAGGUCAAGAUAAUGAGGUUCAUAUGAAAAUCCUUUUCACAUCUAGCCUCAUGCAGAAGCAGUCAGUUAGAGCACGGAAACUGCAAGUAUUUCACUGGUUGAAAAACAUGCAUUUGGACAGAGGAUUUGUGUGUUUUGAAAAAAGCACAAUUCAGAAUUCAAAAAGAGAAAUCACUCAUCGCUUGCCUUCACAAUCAUACUUUAGAUGUCAAACCAUGCCAAUGGUGGUUUUGUGCCACGGCACUAAAGAUGAACCUUCAGAUAUCCCCCUGAUACCAAAAGCCAAAAAGCUGUUCCAGAAGAAUUCUGUUUACAUUGUGACUGGAGGUCUAUCAGGACUUGGAUAUCAAACAGUGAAAUUCAUUGCUCAGAGAGGUGGAGGGAAUAUUGUUAUUCUGUCUAGGAGUGGUGCAAAUGAUCAAAUGGAACAGGAGAUAAAUAACAUAAAAAAUCAGUGCCAGUGUUUAAUCACAAGAUUACAAUGUGAUGUUUCGGUCUCAGAACAAAUUCACCAAGCUGUUGCUCAGAUCACUAAACUGUUACCAUCCAAACCAAUCAAAGGAGUGUUCCAUAGUGCGGUGAUCCUUAAUGAUGGACUGAUUGAAAACCUAAACAAAUCCCACUUUGAGAAGGUCAUGAGACCAAAAGUGAAUGGUGUAAUUAACCUUCACAAUGCCACCAAACACUGUGAUCUGGAUUAUUUUGUAUGCUACUCCUCUGUCUCAGCCUUCCUUGGCAAUGCUUCACAGACAAACUACGCUUCUGCUAAUUCAUUUAUGGAUACCUUCUGCCAGUAUCGCAGGAACAUUGGACUUUCUGGGCAGGCAAUUAACUGGGGAGCAUUAAAUUUGGGUCUCUUGUUAAACCAACACCAUUUCCAAAGAUUUCUAGAGUCCAAAGGAAUGAUGAUGCUGGAAGUCACAGAAAUCCAUGAUAGUCUUGAGCAGUGCCUUUUGAUGAACAAACCUCAACAGGUUGUGUGCAAAUUCCAUUUCAAAAACAUUAGAUAUAAUGUCCUGUCUCAAAACAAAUCCCUCACCAUGCGGUUAUCAGCCCUGGUAGAGGAAGAGCUCAAAAAGGCUAAAAUGAUAAACUCAAAACCUGACCAGACUAAGAAAAUCUCUUCACCCAAUGAAUAUAUCAAAUCAUUGAUAAGUGAGAAUAUUAACAUUGAGCAAGAUGAGCUGAGUGAUGAUACUUGUCUGUCAGCACUGGGAAUUGAUUCCAUGUUAGCCAUGACACUGCAGAACCUCAUCUUUCAAGAUAAAGGAGUCAGUGUACCUUUGGUGGCACUCCUUGAUCCAGAGAAGACACUGUCGGACUUGGUUAAAACACUGAUGGAAUUUGAAAAUGGAGAAAAGCAAGAGAGUAGCAAUGACUUUGUCCCUAUUGUGGAGAUGACAGGAUUCUAGUGCUUUUUACAGAAGGUGAUAUACAUAAGCAAAUGUUGACAAUAUUGUACAAAAACUAACUAAUGUAAAUGUACAGCUGUGUUCUCUGAACAAUGCUAUGACUGUAAUACUGUAAUACAUAUUGUAUAUUUUGGGGUUAUGUUUUCGGUUGAUAUUAGUUAGUUAGCUAAUAUACACUAGAAAAUUGUAUAUAGUUGUAUGUAGCUGGUAGUUAUUAGCUGGGAAUUAUACAGCAAUAUAUACAUUUUGUAUACUUUGUCAAAACCUAUUGCCAUUAUUUUUAUUUUUUGACUAAUGUAUAUUUCUUAUAUCAUCUCAUUAAUAAUCUGAACAUGACUUUGGGAGUGGUGUGUUUGUGUGUAAUGGAAUGUCCCACAAAAUCAACAGACUUUUAACACAUUAAACUGCCAACAGCACCUUAUAACUACAUAUUACAUUCUGCUUGUUUCUCUAUUAAGUUUUUAAAUAACAUCCAUUAAAAUGUAUAUCUGAGCAAUAAGGCAGUAUUUUAAGGGGUUAACUUAACUAAUGUACAUGUUUGAGAACACCAGUUCCACAAAUGAUAUAUUGUUCAUACAUUUUUGUACAUUUUAAUAUUGUAAGUUGAUUACUGAUGAUAUAAAUAGGACAAAGAAUAAAGCUAAUUUAAUGGGUAUAUUUAGCAGAAAUCCUUUACCAGAAAUGAUGCAAGGGAAAUCUAUGCCUCAUCACAUAUGUAGUAUGAACCUACAUUAAGUGUUAUUUAUUAACCAGGAUCUAAAAAAAGAUAAUCAAAUAUCAGUACAUCACUUGUAAACAUCUUUAAUGUAUUUUUUUAUUAUUCACAUAUUUAAUUAUUCUGAUUACUCUUGCAACUUAAAAUUAAAUUAAAUACCUAUUUUUGUUACUUUGUAUUAAUUUUGUAUUCUAGUUUCUCAAUAAAUAAAUAAAUUAUGCGAAUUCUGGACAAUGCCCACCAUUUCCAAACUAUUUGAAUGCAAUUUACUCUCAUAAGCUGAUAAGUCCUUCACAAAACAAACAUAUAAACAACAAAUCACCUGAAUUAAAGCUUCACUCUGUCACAAUUCAACAAGAUCAUUUCUAUUAAAUGUCUCAGGCAGCUUUAAUCCCUUAAUUAUUAAAAAGGCAAAUAUAUAAUCAAAUGAGUGGUUUUUCUUGAGUGAUUAUUAUUCCUUUAAUUUUAUACUUUAUACUUUAUACACACCAUACUGCACAUGGACACUUUAAGGACAAUAAUUAA